AUGCGUGCCACAUUCUUUGCCGUGGCGGUGCUGCCAUUCCGUGCAAUCGCUCAAAACCCGGUUCCUGAAGCCGCGCCUGCUACUACCACUACCUCUGAAGCCUUCAUUCCACCGGUGAUCGAUUCGUCCACCGAAAUUCCUAUUGACCUUGUCCCUACUACUACCAAUGCUGUCGUUGUUCCUCAGUCUACAUCGGAAGCAAUUGAGGAGAACCCGCAGCCAACUACUCAACCGGCUCCUGUCAUUCAAGAUACAACAACAUCCCAAGAUGUUAUCCAGGCUCCUACUUCCCAGGCACCACCUGUUGUCCAAGACACAACUACAGGUCCUGCGCCUGUCAUUGAUACCACUCAGCCCCUUACACAAGAGGGUACAACUCAACCCAAUGUUCAAGACACAACCACUGGACAGCCUAUCAUUGAGGAUACAACCUCACAACAGCUACCUCCCAUCCAAGAUACAACAACGGAGCUGCCGCCUCCGGUUAACCCUACCAGCACAUGGCUUCCUGUAGUUGAUACCACCAACCAGCCCAUCAUCCAGACCCCUGGUUCCUCACAAGAGCCUGUUGGUCAGGACACCACUACGGACGUUCAGUUACCCGCUGUGCCUACAACAACAUCGGACGCUGUUCCUGGUGUGACCACCGAGACCAACAACCCUCUGUCAGAUAGCACGACUGAGCAACAGUCAAUCAUUGAGAGUACCACCACUGGUGUCCCGCCCGCUGAGACUACCACUGCUCAGGUGCCCGUACAGGACACUACAACAACAGCUGCAGAGCACCCUCCUCAGACCACUACACAGCACCAAGAGCCUGAGCCUACCUCCGACGAAUCCAAGCCAACUAGUAAGGAUGACGGCGAGCCUGUAAUCACCCAGCCCCCAGCCCAAACAACGGCCGCUCCUGAGGUGGCCACGUCAGCUGUUUCCUCCGUCUCAUCGCAGGUCGCCGCCCUUAUCCCCGUCAUCAACAAAUGGACUGAAGACCCUGAGUCUCUCACCGAUGAAACUAACAAGGAGGUCGAGGACACUCACGAUGACAUCAUCGCUGUUAUCGUGUCUUUGGGCGGCAAGCCCGAUGUUGGCUGCAACAAGAAGCGCGGUUUGCUUGGACCUAUUGGCGAUAUCAUUAACAAGCUCGCUUGUAUGGCACAGGACCUAACCAACAUCUCGGGUAGCAUCAUUGCUGGUAACGUGCCUGCCGUCACUAGUGUUGUCCCUCAAGUACAGAGCCAGAACGACGAUCUGACUGAGGAAGAUGAGGAGAAUCAGAGCCAAGAGGAGCAAAGUAAGGAAGAGUCCACCAAGCAAGAGGAGACAACAAAGAAGGAAUCUACUACAGAGGCUCCUACAACCACUGAAGCCCCUACGUCAACGGAGGAGUCGUCUACCACUGAAGCCACUACCACGACAACUGGCCUUCAAGUACCAUGUGGUGCCGAUAGUUGCGGUGGUGGUAGCGGUGGUGGUUCUUGUCCUAUUGGGUCUGGAGGGUCGAAAGGAGGACAGAUGGGCAGCGCUGCUGGCGAAGUCAACUGUAAUGACCUCUCAACGACCACUAUUGACGGUCCACUCCCUACGGACCCUUCCAAGCCCAUUGACUUCGGUGACGAUCCCUUUACUGCUCCUACUGCCCGGGCCGAGUCUGUAUCUUCACCCUCUAAGCGCGAUAUGGAGCUGGGAGUCCGAGCAUUCAACGAUGAUAUGUCUCCCAAUCCUUUCUACGUUGCCUCCCUCACUCCCAUUUGGGUCGAUCAGACUGGAGCCACAGCUGGACACUGGUUUGGCGCCCCCCCUUUCGCUGGUAAAGGCUCUGCUGGAGUCAACGGCAUCUAUGGCUGCACCUCGGUUAUUGUCGUGUCUGACUUGGGUGUCUAUGUGUCUCACAUCUGGGAGAACCCUGUCUUCAUCGACAGUUUCGGGAACCCGACGCCUGAUGCCGAUUUCCAAGCAACCACUUUCAACGCGCUUCGUGAUGGCACUAUUGACGCCAACGCCGAAAGCAUUGCUGGUUACGUUGGUACCGACGAGCUCCCCGGCGUACUGCAUUCCAUGUUUCACCCCAGGGUUUUCGUUGUGACUCCUUUCACCACCGCCUAUGAUCGUAGCAUUGGCGUCACCACUUCUCUGCGCUACGAGGCGCGUGCAAACUACUUGGCGACUGCAGUGUCGGGUAUUGUUCCUGGAUCUGAUUAUUCCGUUCUCGGUUACACACGAGUUGGUGAGGUAGAAUCUAAGGAGCAGUACGGAACGUGGGGUCGUGCCAUCGUCGAGUAUGAUAUGCUCGAGGAAAUCGUCUUUGGCUCGGAUGGCGACAUGACGGGCCAGUUCAUGGGCCGAUGGAGACUCUGGGUCGAGGACCAACUUGUGACUUCACACAAGUUCCUCGUCUUCCCUGACCCUAUUGCCCUUCCUGAGACAACACCUGCUGCUACCCCUGCUGCAGGUCUUUACAAGCGUGCCGACGAGGAGCCUGCCAGCAAGUGCUUGGUCCGCGGUGGCUCCACUGGUGCCUCUUCAGCCGCUCCCACUUCUACAGACAAUGCUGCUACGACAGCUGAUGCCACCUCUGCUGCCGAGACUUCAGCAUCACAUACUACAGAUGAGAAGACUACUGAGGCUACUGGAACAACCACUGCUGAAGAGAAGUCCACCGAGGCUGCAGGAACAACUACUAGCCAGGACAAGACCAAAGAGGCUACUACAACUCAGUCUGAGCCUGCCUUGACGACCUCCACCCCAAGCACCUUUAUCACUACGACCAGAGCCUCGUCCGGAGCUAUUACAUCUGGUGUCACGUCUGAUGCAGCAACAACCAGUGAGGAAGUCCGCACUUACUACCCUUGCGUGAUCUACGGCGGACCUCGUGUCGACAAGCCAUACUGUCAAUGCAGUACCACAGUCUCUGGCAAGCAAUACGUCACUUCAGCCUCCCUGAUCGACAACAGCUGCGAGGACUACACGUCGUAUCCGUCCCCAGUCGUCCCCGUGACCGAGGCCCCAGCUACCCAAGCCCCGGUGCAGACUCCUUUCACUGAGACCAACGACGGCACAGUUCUCGUCUACUCAGCUUAUACCCUUGAGUACUUUAUGGCGUAUACUGUCCAUGUCACAGCGACACGCGGCUAUGGUGUGCCAUCAACCGUUUCUACACCUGUACCAACUCAAACUGCUGUUGACAACGACGGUAGCGGACAGUGUGGAACAGCUGAUAGCUUGUCAAAGAAGGGACUGGGUGAGGCUUGUGAUCGGGCUAUCAAUGAAUUCGAUGCCGAUACUGUGUACAAGGGUUACACGACGCGAUACAGUCGGUCCAACAAGGGCAUCCUGAUGGCUGCCUCGUUUGGUCAAGCUGCUUGUAUUGCUAAGUUUGAGUGCGAUGACUACGGUAUUGGAAUGAAGGGCAGUGAUAUCAUUGCAGCUCGCGAGAAUGCCAAGACGAACGAUGAUAUUUGGAUUUGUGGACAUAUCCGCCUGUCCAACUCAUGCAGUGUCGUCAUGGACUACUGCACAAACUGUGACAAUAGUGGUUAG